CAAUGGAAACCCUUGUAUGACUUUCCUUUUUCUCUUUUGUAGAUAGUGCAUCCUGCAGACCUAUGUUUUAAGCUUCCAGACAACGUGAGCCUAGAGGAGGGGGCCAUGUGUGAACCCUUAAGUGUUGGUAUUCAUGCUUGUAGGAGAGCUAAUAUUGGACCAGAAACCAAUGUGUUGAUCAUGGGAGCUGGACCCAUAGGACUUGUUACACUGCUUGCAGCUCGUGCUUUCGGAGCACCCAAGACUGUCAUUGUUGAUGUUGAUGACUAUCGUUUAUCUGUUGCAAAAUCUCUUGGUGCAGAUGACAUUGUUAAAGUCUCAACAAACAUUCAGGAUGUUGCUGAAGAAGUUGAGCUGAUACAAAAGGUUAUGGGAGCUUCUAUAAAUGUUACCUUUGAUUGUGCUGGUUUUGACAAAACCAUGUCUACAGCAUUGGGUGCUACUCAGCCUGGUGGCAAAGUUUGCCUAGUGGGAAUGGGACAUUCUGAAAUGACUGUCCCACUCACCCCUGCAGCAGCAAGGGAAGUUGAUGUGAUUGGAGUUUUUCGCUAUAUGAACACAUGGCCUCUUUGUCUUGAGUUUCUAAGGAGUGGGAAAAUCGAUGUAAAACCCCUUAUAACUCACAGGUUUGGGUUCUCUCAAAAGGAAGUGGAAGAAGCUUUUGAAACAAGUGCUCGUGGUGGUACUGCCAUCAAGGUCAUGUUCAAUCUUUAGAAAUUGUCUUAUUUUGAACAAAUCAUAUACUUUCAUGUUCAUGUUCAUGCUCAUGCUCAUGCUAAAUACCAAUGUAAUGAUCACUUGGGUUAUGAAUAAAGUGGCUCCAAGAAGAACUUGUGAAAAUGUGAAUGGUAACUGCAGCAUCUACAGAUUCAGUUAUGAGGUGAAACCUUUGCUUUGUGAAUGAGUAAACCUUCAAAUUCUUUCAUCA